GAGAGGUUCGAUUCAGGAUACAACAGACGGGGAGUUUUAUUGUUUUAAUAAGAUAAACGUUUGAUCUCCUGCCACAUAGUACUGAAUAUCCUGGACAAGAAUGACUCUUUCUGUUUAGCGAGUUGAGAGGAUGGCGUCGCUGCUGUGAAUUAUGUUAUAUAGCAGGAAGUUAUGAAAAGCCGGUAGUGUGUUAGUGCAGCGAACAGUUUCGCCGGUCGGUGCUGCUCUCUUUGUCUGACACAGAGAGCAGUCAACGCGUGCUCUUUUGUUUGGGAUUUUGUCUUUGUUAAACUGCAAACGGGCGAGCUUUGUUCGGGUUUUAGCCUCUCGUGGUUGAAAUAUAUCGUUUUGAAACAUGCAGCAUAUGAAGAAAUAUUUCACAGAGGGGCUCAUUCAGUUUACGAUCCUGCUGAGUUUGAUAGGAGUUCGCGUGGAUGUCGAUACCUAUUUGAACGGCUACUACUCGCCGUUGAUUGAGACUGAUGGAGGGCCGAGCUCGGCUUUCAUACAGACCCCCUUUCACCACUACCGUGACACCGCGGCGGGCCAUCAAGUGCAUCCUAAAUGUCCCGAACUUGACUAUUAUUUCACCAGCCGUAGGCUGCUGAAUGAAGUGCGUGCGCUCGGGUCUCCGGCCCGCUUCCCCACGCGUGUCAGUGCAUGGCUGGUGCACCUUGUGCCUGAUGAUGGCUCUGAUGUCGGCGAGCCACACGACCUGUCCGAGUACGCUAGUAACGAUGAGGUAAACACCGAAAAUAUCCGGGACGAAGUGGAAAAUGACCACAGGACUGGAGAGGACUUCGAGCUGUCAUUAUCUCAGGAACACAGUAUUUCAAGGCCUUGCUGUGCAGCUGAAGAGCUUUCCAAAGAGGAUACUUUACCUAACCAAGAAAAAGAGGAGGAUGAUGUGAAAUAUGAGAGAGGGCAAGAGGAAACCAGCCUUACUGCGGUGAACCAGCUGACUCAGAUCUCAGCACUAGAGCAGGAGUAUUUGCUGGGUAGCAGUGCCCUGCCCACACCUAUUUCUGGGCUUGAGCUCACUCCACCAUGGCAAGACUUUCUCUCAGAAUUUGAUGUCAACAUGGGUAAGAAACAGGCAACCAAAUCAAAGAAGGACGUUCAGGAGGUCGAGGAGUUUGUGGUAGAGAAAGUGAUGGACCAGCGGGUGGUCAAUGGGAAAGUAGAGUUUUUCCUCAAGUGGAAAGGCUUCACAGAUGCUGAUAACACCUGGGAACCUGAGGAGAAUUUGGGCUGCCCUGAACUGAUUGCUGCCUUUCUGGAAUCUCAGAAAGGGGUGGUGGAGAAAACCGACUCCAAUAAAAGAAAACCAUCCACAGAUGAACCAGAAACCGAGGAGAGCAAAGCCAAGAGAAAGAAAGAAAUGUCUGACAAGCCCAGAGGGUUUGCAAGAAACCUUGAUCCAGAGCGUAUCAUUGGGGCAACUGAUAGCAGUGGUGAACUCAUGUUUCUCAUGAAGUGGAAGGACUCUGAUGAGGCAGACCUGGUGCCUGCGCGUGAGGCCAACACUCGCUGUCCACAGAUUGUCAUCGCCUUCUAUGAGGAAAGACUGACUUGGCAUUCUUGUCCUGAGGAUGAGCAGCAGUAGCACCCCACUUCUUGAACCGUGCUUUAGUGUCUUCCACCUGUAUAGCGUACAUUCCUCUUUGUUAGCUAAAGUGUGGGUGACCUGACGGUGGGGGAUAUCUUUUUAGUGUUGCGAUUGGGCUGGAAGCUAUGUGCAUGACUGUAGACCGAUGAAAGUAUGUAUAAUUGGAUGAUGGAUAUAAUUUUUUUUUUUUUAACAAUGUAGGAUGCUGAAAUGUUUUUUUUUUUUAUUAAAUAUUACCACAGUGCUGUUCAUUAAUGGGCUGGAUUGUUUUUUUUCUCUACCCUGUUUUGAUCAACCAGAGAGAUGCAAAACUUCCUUUCCACUCAUGUGUUCAUAAUAUAUAUUUUUUUUGUUUUUUUUGGUGUACAAUACCCUCAUAAUCAGUUUGUUUUUUCAUUUUUUUUUUUUUUUUCAUUGUUUACAUUAAUAUUGGAUUAGUGUCUGUUGCUGUAAAUGUUUGUGUAAAUAUGUCAUUUUAGUUCAAUAAACAUUUAUAUGCAUGCUUUUAAUCUGUUUGCAUGCUGUUUCCUAAACCAAAAAUCCAAAGCAACCUGUAUUUCCAGUAUAAAACUAUUGUCCGAUGUAUUAUGGUUUUGUAUUUUUUGCAUGAGACAUGCUGAUUUUGACUGCACCAAAAACUGGUUCAAUAGUGUGAUUUGAGUUUUAGUUGUGUUAAGCAUUUGAGCUAUGUUACUGGGCUAAAAUCAAGUUUUUGUAAAAGUACAACAGGUCUUAAUAUGUCUGAUGUCAAUCAGAUGGGAAAUCUUUAUGAUGGACAAUUAAUAGGAAAUGUUCACAAAACCAUCCUGCUUUUUGCUUUAACCUUAUGGUAUGAGUAGCUUCCUGAAGACUACACAAUGACCAGGUUCUGCAACCCAAUCAUGUGUCUUGUAGUACUGAAUCAUUCAUAUUAGUUAUUUUGACCUACAAAUACUCAUGGGUCCUGUUUUGUGUGCCAUUGUGGUUUUAAAUGCAGUUCCAUACUAAUGGAUUAAAAGGAGGAAUUUUCCAAUUUUUUUCACAAUGUAUUUGCCUCCAAAGUGAAUGUUGUCUGGUAAUCUCUGCUGCAUUGGAUUUUCUGCUUUUUUUGUUUUCAUUGAAAUGGGUCUUUUUAUUUGUGCAUUUUGUUUUCUGCUGCUGUGCCCAACUUUCAGUUGGAUAGGCUCCAACAGAACUGCAUUGUUUUAGAACAGAUGGCAUUUUGCAAGUGACGUUUGCAGUGAAAUGUUUUAUUUACCAUUUAAGUAGGCUGUUCCGUGCUCUGUUUAAAGUGCAAAAUGAUUGGUUCUCAUCCCAAGACAUUUGGAAAUAUAGGAACUAGAAAAGAAACGCCUACAUUUUAUAGUUAUGACAACUUGUAAAGCUUCAAUUGCCAAGUUUAAUUAAGUCUUAAAUAAUAGUCAUAAUUUCCCAUAGUCAUUCACCAGCUGCCUUUUGUGUGUUAGAGCAAAGCAAAACAGAAUGUGUCAUCCUUUUCAUCUUCAGUUGCACAACUCUGAAAUAAUCUAACACACUCAGGGAGGGAAGAGAGUUUAGCCACUAAAUCAGUGUGACCAAAAAUUUCAUUCGAGUCCCUGACCUGCUUCCUUCCCCAUUAGGGGGUCAGAGUUCAUUGGGUUUGUGUUCGGUACACUUUAUCUGAGGUGGGAUACACACAUAUGCCUCUUACAUGUGUACAGUAAUACUUCAUGUUGGUGCCAAUGGAAGCAAAGUGGCUCCUUCAGAUGUUGUCUCAGAAGCAUGUAAAUGCUAACAAUAUAUGUGCAGUUCUGAAAAAUUUACUGAAAACCCAGAUUUUUGUAAUCUGGGUUGUAAUCUUGUUUAUCAAACUGGGAAAACAGUCAUGUUCUGUGUGAUAGUGUAUUUGACUCUCUAGAUAAAGAUUCAUAGAUAACAUUUUGAAAAAACAAGAGAAGGGGUUAGAGCAAUUUUGUCAUCUAUACCUCACCCCUCCUUCACAGGAUUAUGGCCAUAGAAAAUAAAUGUACUACCUUUUGCUUAGCUGGUAACGGUAACAAGUCUCAUGGUGAAGAUUAGCAGUGUGAGAUGGACUUUGAGUUGCCGUUUUUGUUAGUUUGUUUUUGUGCUUUCAAUCACCUACUUUUUUAAUGUCAUCCUGAAAUAAGCAAGUCUCCUUAAUGACAAACCACCAUGUGAAUAUACAGUUUACAGUCAUAAUAAAAAUCUGCAU